UAUUUAGCAUUCUCUUAAAUUAACACUCGUGUGAUAACCGUCCCAGAUGCUAAAAAAGUUUUUACAAAGAUCUGAAAAUACCAAAUUCUAAAAUGGUGUACAAAGAAUUAUUUUUAGUAUUUUUAUAUUUAGUUAGUAUGGUGCAUAGUUCCAAUGGAGUGGAAAGAAGAAUUGAAGCGUUAGAUAACCAGUUAUAUGAAGAUGUGUUGGACGCUGAGGAGUGCGAUCGCCAAAUACAAUACAUUAAAAAUAAUACGCUGUUGUUGCUGCAAUUCAUGGACUCCGGUUUCAGAACUCCAAGAGGAGUUUUAACAGGCAACACAGUAGACAUGGGAAAUUACCACCAAUGUAUAGGAAUUGACCAUACUAACGAAGAAGAAGAUAUGCAUAUUCAGGGCAAAUAUGCUACUAUUUAUGUGCCACUAAUUCAGACGAAUUUAAACUGGCCUAGUCCACAGCAUACAGUAUCAACGCAAUUUGAUCCAACAACCCUACAGUUGGACCCAGAACUUGCUGAAAAGAUACAGGAAUAUAAUAUUAUGCGAAAGGAAUUACUUAUGUUUAGUGGAAUCUUUGAAAAAGAUGAUGGUUAUUAUUUACAUGAUGAAAACGAAAGGAGCGUACCACCGAAUCCAUACAUUCAGUCAUUCAGGCUAGCAUUGUGCACGCCUAGACCCUGCACUGUAGAGCAAGCGAUAACCUCUUUCUUCUUCAACGUCACCGCUAUUGGCUUUAAUUUCGUAGACGACUUCACUCGAAUUGCCGACGAUAAGCCUUGGUCAGCUGCCGAUACUAUCGCUGUAGUAUUUUUUUCAUUACUCGGUAUUGUAACUUUACUCAGUACAAGUUACGAUUUAUGCCAUCGAUUCGUAUUUAAGAAAGACCCAAAACAAAUGAGCACACUGGGCCGAUCAUUCUCAGUAUACACGAAUGGGCAAAGGUUAACGACCUUCAGUACCACAGCUGGGAGUAUGCAAUGUCUUGAUGGUAUCAGAACUUUGGCCAUGGUGUGGGUCGUAGUGGGCCAUACUUACAGUACUGAACCGACCCAACAAAACCUUCUUGAUGUCUACGAUUGGUUGUUUUCCGCAAGAGGUUUGUGGAUCACUGCAGCUACUAUGACGGUAGAUACAUUUUUCACAAUAGGUGGAAUACUUCUAGUCUACACAACUGUUAACAAGAUGAAUCAAGUAACAUUUAUAAAGAACAUCCACUGGUUCUACCUGAACCGCUUCGUCAGGCUGACCCCACUCCUGGCUGUUGCUGCCCUGCUCCAAGCUUCAUACUUCAAUAGAUUCACGGACGGACCCUUCUGGUUAACAGUAGCCGAAUACACGAACAACUGUAGAAAAAACUGGUGGUCUACUCUUCUUUAUGUGCAAAAUUACGUACACGUUGAAGAAAUGUGUGUCGCUCACUCCUGGUAUGUGGCCAUAGACUUCCAACUCUACGUGGUCUCACCUUUGGUUCUCAUUUGGGUCGUAAGUGGCAAGAAACUCUACUCUUGGAUUGGCUUAAUCGGUUCUUUUGCGGUUGUACUUAUAUCGUCGACAAUUUAUAAUUUCCACCACAAUUUGCCAGCACACAAUGUUGUUCCAGCCCGUUUUCCGGAAUUACAUGAUUUCAUGAUAAAGUACUACUUCAACGCGCUAUGUCGUGCUGGUCCGUUCUUCGUAGGCAUGAUCUUCGGAUACGUUUUGCAUCUUUACCGUAAAACUAGAUUGCAAAUACCAUGGAUCUUAGCCUUAUUCUUCUGGGCGUGUUCUGCUGGUAUUAUCGGGGGUAUCUUCUACUUCAUAUACAGAGUCUUGCAAUAUGAUUGGGACAACGACUUUAUGGACAAUUUUAUGAAUUCAUUCAUGAGGUCUGGUUAUGCAUGUGCUAUCUCCUGGUUGGUCAUCGCAUGUGUGCAUGGUUACGCUGGUCCUAUCAAUUGGUUCCUUUCUCUCGAUGUAUGGAGACUACCAGCUCGCUUGUCAUAUGGAAUGUAUUUGUUCCACUACCUGCUCCAGUUUCCUUUGAAUGGCACGAUGUUGGCACCUAGUUAUUUCUCCGUAGGAGCAUAUGCAUUCAAAUCUUUGUCAUACUUAUCAUAUGCAUUCAUAUGGUCCUUCGUGUUAACUCUUCUCGUGGACUCUCCAAUAACAGUUCUCUUUAAAAUGCUGAUGGAUAAGGCAAAGCCAAAGAAACCUGCUGUGCAACCGAAUGAAGUAGCUAAACAGGAUAAUACAAAUAUUAAUGGCAUUGCGAGAUCUACGAAAGAACAUGAAAUGAACAAAGGAGAUGAUGGAAAUUCUGAAGGUGCAAAAGGAGUAGCAGUAUUGAAUUCUGAUUCUCAUGAAGCAUUAGCAAAAUCAAACGAUGCAAGCAAUAUGCACGAUACUGAUGCUAUUGUUAAUACGAUGGUUGAGAAUGAAACGAAAAAAGGAAUAGUUUAACUCGAAGCACACAUUAAUAACUAAUAUUUAAUUUAUCUACUCAUUAUAUCGAUGGAUCUUUCUUCUUCUUUAUUCGGAUAAGAACCGAAGAAUGUAUUAAGCUUUUUACAGAAAAAAGAUUCAUUGCAAACUAAGACUGGCAUCAUCUGAACUGUGUCAAACCAAACGUGGCUUAUUGCCAUUAUACAAUCCGAACCCGAACGCAUUGUUAGUUCACUCGUAACUGAUCGUUUUGGUCUUGUCAAAACCGACUUUGUAUUCGUAGGUGGGUGCAUUACAGUGAAAAAUGACCAUUUCCCAAUAAUUAAUUUCCAGGAGAUGAAAAGUAAAAACACGCAAGUACGCUCGCGAACCUGACAUUCGGGUUUUUUAAAUCACAAUUUGGAAGGUCGUUAAAUAUUUUCGUUCAAUUUAGGCGUACUUUUGUUUGCUUAGAAGAUUUUUUGUUUACAUUACUGUUGUAAAUAUUGGAAUGUUUUUUUAAAGGAAUUCGGGAGUAAAAGGCUUUUUUGCUCGAUAAAUUAAUGUAAAGAGUUUAGAGUUGUUGAGUUAUGAAAUUUGUUUCGAUGUCAAAAACUCUUAUUCCUGGCAAUUCUUAUGUUAUAAUAAGCAGUAGAUACAAAUUAGUUAUAUAAGUAGUCGAUUUUGCAUGCUUGUUUUAUAAGUAUGUUUAUAAAGUCAUAUUUAUUGUUAUUGGUUCAUACAAGAGCUAUACGUACUUAGCAAUACUACGUUAAAAAAUAAAUAAAUAUAACUAUUAUUCUCAUAAAGUUUCGUUUUUUUUUAGUUUCUUGCGUACAAUAUAAAUUGUCGAAUUUACUGAAUCAAUUAUGACCUGCCAAAACAAUUGUUAUAUAUUAAUGAUCAUCCUGAAUGCGUUAAUUAAUUGUAUUAACUAGAUCAAUUAGCAUGGCGAUUAGGUUAUUAUCAAUUAGUAAUUAUGUUAUGACUAAUAUCACGAGUAUGGAAUAUUGUAAUCCUCACGGUAUUAU